AUGGUGAGUACAUCCAGCAUCAAAGAGACUGACGAGAAGGGUCUCGCUAAAACUGGGGACGUCGAUUACGUCACCGAGAAGCUCGCUCCCGAAGUAGCUGGGAAGCAUCAAGAUGAUGCGAGAGAAGAUGGUGCUACAAUUGAGUCAAAUGGAGAGUUUGUAGACGAACGUGUCUAUAAUUUCGAUGAUCCCCACAAUUAUUCAACAAACUUUGUAGAUGAUCAGAAUCCAAAGGGUUUGAGAAAACCCACUAAGCAAGAGGCCUCUUCCUUAAGAAGAGUCUUGGGGAGAGCGGAUUGGGCCUGUUAUUUGCUUUGCAUAGCGGAGUUUGCGGAAAGAGCAUCUUAUUAUUCUUGCCAAACUCUUUUAAGUAAUUUCGUAACUUACAAAUUGCCCGAUGGUAGCUCAACAGGUAAAUUAGCUGCCGGUAGUGUAAAUCCUGGUGCAUUAGGCUUAGGAGUGCCGGCCGCAACGGCUAUAACUUAUACUUUGACGUUUGUGGCAUAUGUUGUACCUUUAUAUGCUGGGUUUGUUGCGGAUUCCCAGGUUGGUAAGUUCAAGGCAAUAUGGAUUGGUGUUAUUUGCGGUUUUUUUGCUCAUAUUUUGCUUAUAGUGGCUGCUGCUCCUAGUGUUAUUGCAGCGGGUCAUGCAAUUGUACCCACAGCUUUUGGUAUCAUAACGUUGGCUUUUGGUACUGCGUUCAUCAAGCCUAACUUAUUACCGCUCUUGAUGGACCAAUACCCAGAGCAGACGGAUGUUGUUAAGGUUUUGGCAUCUGGAGAAUCUGUCAUUGUUGACCGUCAAAAGUCGUUGGAAAGGAUGACCUUAGUAUUCUAUUGGGCGAUUAAUAUUGGAGCUCUUUUUCCUAUUCCGAGUGUUUAUAUUGAGAGAAGAAUCGGAUAUUGGUUUGCUUUUUUUAUUCCCAUCAUUAUAUACCUCAUAAUUCCUUUUGUAUUCUGGUUUGUGAAACCCAAGCUUAAAAAGGAGCAACGAAAAGGAUCUGUUAUUGAGAACUCUGUCAAAAUCUUAAGGGUUCUGUUUAGAGGAAACUGGAUAAGGAGAUUAAAGAACGAAACUUUCUGGGAAUAUGCCACUCCAACCAAAAUGAGAGAGAGAGGUGAGGAAUAUUUUUUGCAAAAGAAACGAAAACCAAUCACUUGGAACGACCAAUGGGUCUUAGAUGUCAAGCAAGUUGUUAAUAUUUGUAAAGUUUUCCUGUACUUUGUUGUCUUCAAUCUUUGUGAUGCUGGAGGUACUGGUGCAACUCCAGCUCUCACUGCGCAAUCAGGAUCUAUGACAAGUGAUGGAACUCCAAAUGAUAUGUACAGCAAUUUCAAUCCAAUAACGAUCAUUGCGCUUAUACCCUUAUUGGAUUACGGUGUUUAUCCGCUAUUGCGUAGGUUGAAGAUCGAGUUCAGGCCCGCAUGGAGAAUCACUCUUGGUAUGGUCUUCGCGGCGUGUUCUCAGGCAGCCGCUGCAAUUAUCCAAAAGGAAAUCUACGCUAAAAUUGAAUGUGGUGACCAGGCCACAAAAUGCGUAGAUAAAGGAAUAGUUGCACCUAUUAAUGCUUGGGUUCUGGUAGUGCCUUAUAUUUUAUCAGCUGCAAGUGAAUGUUUUGCCAAUACAACUGCCUAUGAAUUGGGCUACACAAGGGCUCCUCCGCAUAUGAAGGGUCUUGUACAGGCUUUGUUCUUACUUGCAACUGGAAUAGCUGCGGCCAUAGGUGAUGCUAUUAGCCCAGCUUUGAAAGAUCCUCAUUUGGUUUGGUAUUUCGGGGGUUUGGCAAUUUGUGGGGGUGUUUUUUCUAUAAUUUUCUUUAUCCAUUUCAGGAACUUGCAUAAGACAAUGGAGAAGGAAAGUGGGUUAAGAGAGAAGUUAAUGCGCAAAGAGGAGAAUGAAAUAUCACUUGAGGAGACUAAUUUAGUUCUGGUUAAUUCAAUCACAUCUGCUGCUGUCAAGCAAUUAUAA